AUGGAAUUGGCUUUGGACAUUGCACGCCUGGUUCUGAGUAGUCGCGGAGCUGCACAGUGCAGUGAACAAAUGCUCAGCCAGGUCCAAGGUAUAAUCGAAAACGGUUCACCGCUCUCUGUGCAUACAUUUAUCGUUCAUCGGCAGUGCCAGCAGAAGUCUGCGCAGUGCACGAGUGCUCUGCUGCUCGAAGUGUGGACGGUUAGUGUGAAGUCGGAGAAAAACUGCCAGGAAAAGAUUUUGGAUGCUUUAUUCCUGAAAAAUGCGGUACGAUCACAUUUGCACUUCUCCCAGUUGUGGUCCUGGAUGGCAAGUAAUGGUGGGCAGCUCCCAAACGAUACAGCUUUCGAGUACAGGUUCCUGAUUUAG